GUAGGGUUGGGUCUAAGGGGGCCCACCCUAUGGAGGGAGGGGUCAGGGCAGGCUCUCCACACAAAAGUGAGCGAGAUCUCAAGGCCCGAUAAAGACAGAAGAGUAGGAGACAGAUUGCACCACGGACGUUUGUGUACAGCACCCGUUUCCUCAUGCUUAGGGCCAAUCCAUCUGAAAGAGGAAAAGGAAGAUAAUUCUUUAGAAAAGAGAAGAGAGACACAGAAAGUUAAGGCUAAGCCGCAGUACCAUUUUGAAGUGGAAGGGUUUUUUUUUUUGCUCUAGCUCUCUCCGCUUUGGAUAUUUGCCUGCGAAGCCAGAAGAAGUGAGAAUCUUGUGGUGUUUCUCUUCCUGGUACAAACCACGAGUGAAGAAACGCAACCACGAGCAAUGGCAUGACAACAGAAGGCCAGAGCUCAUGGCUGGGUCUGGUGGCGAACAACCGUACUUGGUGCUCCUUUCUUCAUUGACCGGCCGCGUCGGCUACCAUUCACAUGACCAUGUUGUCCGCAUCACACUGGAGGAGCCUCCGCCAAACGUUGCUGGUGCUCUUCACAUCUGCGCUCCUCAUUGGAAUAACCAUGCUGGCCAUCUCCUCUGACAUCAAUCCUGUGGGGUUUUUCUUCCUGGCCGUGGGGGGCCUUUGCUUGGUCGGCUACCUCGUCAGCCUUCUGGUCGAGUAUUACCUGACGCCGGAGAAUCCAACAGAUGAGAAUCGCUCGGCCUCAAGGAGACAAAGCCAGGCAGGAGACAAUGAGGCCUAUGAAGCACCGACCUAUGAGGAGGUGGUGGGAACUAGCCAGGCAUCGGUCCCGACAGUCUGGACCAUCACCUCUGGCACGGCAACCACCCAAGGGGAUCCCCCUCCGUACAGCGUGGUUAUUGAGCCACCCACCCACAGCGAGACUGUAGUCGAGGCAUUCAGGGUCUCAGUGGCCCCAGGCACACGGCGGGCCUCAGAAGCAGAUAUGCACUCAAAGCUACGCCUCAGACUGGUGCUCCCGCCGAGGCUGCAGCGAUUUGUCUCAGAGAACCAGGAACUCAAAGGUCCUGAAGUGCCCCCGGAACGCCUGGAGCCGCUCACACCGCCUCCUGCUUAUGACAACGUAGCUGGUGACGAGGUCUUUGAAGAAGCGACCGAGCCCACAAGGCUAUGAUGAAAUGGCUGGGGAGGGAGACUGACGAUCUUGGUAUUGCGUUGUAGCAGUACGUCUGAUGAACAGGAGUGGACUGGCCUUUAACUUACUGGGAACAUUCCUGAUGGACCACUUGUGGCCAGAAGCAAGCAAAGGCAAGCAGCUCUGCCAGCCCUCCGGGGGCUGAUUGGCUCUGGCGUCUGGCAGCAAUGGUGAUCCACGUCAGCAGGCCCAUAGCCUGGACUUUAAAAGUUGGGGGGAGCAUGUAAAAAAGUUGGGGGGCAGUUAGCGGCUCUCCUCCUCUGGCUGCUGCUGUGUCUCAGGGUGCCUGACUUAGGGCGCCUAUAGUGGGCCCUUAAAAAGGCAUGGGAGGGGCAGCAGCUGCUCCUGGGUGCAAUUAAAAUUGUGGGGGAAGGGAGGGGGUGGCCCCCAGCCUCCCACACCCACAGCAGUGGCAGGGGGAGGGAAGGUCAGGGGCACCCGAGUUGGGGGCACCAGGCAGGAAUUCAGCGGGCAGGACCCCCACAGUCCUGUGAGUUGUCAGCUCACAAGUUGACCUACCUCAACACCAUGGCUAGUUAGCUUGGUUCCACACAGAGGUGGGGCCACUUAGCUUGACUGCCUGGCUCCUCUGCUGUUUUAACUCCACAGCCCAACACUGCUGGUGAAGUGGUACUGGUAAAGCUCACAAAAGCUUGUGCCACACACAAUAAAUGUUUUUGUUUUUAAGAUCU